UGAGUGCGAACAGGGUAAUGAAAGCGUGCACAGACAAGUGCGUUCAACUCCUCUAGAAUUCCUCCAGCAGAGAUGUGCGUUUAUCCAGCGCCUAACCUGCGAGAUUUCACAAACGUUGCUCUCUGCAUUCUCUAGUUUCUUUCUUCGGAAUUGUCAUUUUGAUCCAUCCUCCAUCUAAAAGACAUGCAACUUUGGGAGAGCUUGGCAACCAGGUAGUGGACAGCUGUACAGCAGCAUGCCGUUUCUAGCAAACAGUAUUCCCUGGGUCAAUCCAUGACCACUUCGCUUGUGGAUGUAUAUUCAGAUGGUUUGAUUGACGGCUCAGUGGAGGGAAUACGCAGAAGAGCGAGGGAGAAUGGCUUCGAAAGAGCGACUGUACGAGCUGUGGAUGUUAUAUUACACUAAGAAAGAUGUCGUUUACCUGCAGCAAUGGUUGGAGGCAUUCGUGGCGUCUUUUGAGAAGGUCAUUGAUGUGCAGUCGACGGAGCCUCGUCGGCUGGAGGAAUGGAGCGCCGAUGUCCCCCUCCUCCCCAAGGAGGUGUUGGUGUUCCUCAGCACCCAGCUGUGGCACAGUGCCCUCCACAUGUCAGGGCAGGAUCAGAGCAGCACUGCUCCACACCCACUGCUCCUCAUCAAGUUCUUCAUCAUCAUCUGCAGGAAUAUGGAAAAUAUAGACUCUGAAAAGACCCCGGGGUUUGUGUUUGAGACAAUCAAGCUCCUAAACUUCUGUUUGACUCAGCUGAAGAAGCAGCCAGAUGAUCAGAGCACUUUACAGUCGGUGGUACAACAUGGCCUGUUGCUGUGCGAAAAUCUCUUUGACCCUUAUCAGACGUGGAGGAGACGACAGGCAGGGGAGGAGGUCAGUAUGCUGGAGAGAAGCAAGUAUAAAUUCUCACCUCUUGUUCUACCAGAGGAGCUUCCUUUGCUCUUCCAUGACUACCUACAAGAGAGUGAACUAAUCCCAGAGCCGCUCGUGGUGAGACUGGUGCAUUUACAGGGAGCUGUAAUCAGUGGAUGCAAGAAGAACGGCCUUCUCUCCAUCACCCCCCAGGCUGUGAAGGACCUCAUGUCUGUGCUGCAUUCCUGGUGCCUCACUCCUGCCUCACCCCCACAAGAGCCCAAGGAUCCUUGGCUGCUCAAAAUGACCCUGCGGUGCCUGACUGCAAUGAUCCACCUUCUGCACUCCAGCAGCCCAAACGAGAGGCAGGUUGAGAUCCGGACAGUGCUGGAUAGUUACUUCCAGCUGCUUAACUGGAACCGGCCACCAGACCGCCAGCAGGAAGAUAUGCAGACCUGGGAGGAUAACCUCAUUACCCUUCUCGAACAUAUGCUGAAUGCUAUCCCAGAGAUCCUGCAGUGUUCAGACCGGCCGGUGUUGCAGGCUAUCUUUCUCAAUAACAACUGUUUCGAGCACAUCCUCCGCCUCAUCCAGAACAGCAAGGUCUGGGAAAAGGGCUCUGACUGCAUCACAGUACACGCCAUUCGAGUUCUUACCGCCAUAAUGAGCAACUCGCCCUCUGCCAAGGAGGUCUUCAAGGAGCGGAUUGGCUACUCACAGUUGUUUGAUGUGUUGAAAAGUCAAGGACAGCCCACCAAAAGACUCCUGCAGGAGCUGAUGAACAUGGCUGUUGAAGGAGAGCAUUCCCAGGCCAUGCAGCUGGGCAUCAGUAACGAACAGACUUUGCUUCUGCUGCUGCAGUGGUUGCCUGAUCUGGGCUCUCGCUCUCUGCAGCUGCUGGUGUCCCAAUGGCUGGCGGCCGUGUGUCGAGGAACUCUGUCCUGCCGCACCGUAGCCGUUGAGGCGGGCUUAGUAGGCGCUUUGCUGGAGGUGCUGUCCGAAGCCCCGGAGCGGCUCGACCGGCAGUGUUCCGAUGCUCUCUUGGGCUUGCUUCAAGACUUGGGAUCUCUUUCUCUACGGCCCUGUGAACUGAAGAGUCUGCUGAAGCUCUUGCGGACCGAACCUGGUGCACCCCCUCACCCGUACUGCGGGCGUGUGGUAAGGGUGCUUUCGGCCAUGGCCGCUCGCAGAGAGGGUGGAUGCAGCGCCUUGCAGUAUUUUGACCUUACGCCCCCUAUGGCGGGUAUUAUGGUGCCGGCUAUACAACGCUGGCCAGGAAGCGCGUUUGCUUUCCACGCUUGGCUGUGCCUCAACACAGACUUUCCUCCUCCUCAGCACCACUACUCAGAAUCUCACCUGACAAACCCAGAUAAUAUGGUUCGAAUGGCUAAGGGACCACGUAGGAAACAGCUUUACAGUUUCUUCACAGCAAGCGGAACUGGAUUUGAAGCUUUUUUCACCACAGAAGAAGUUCUGGUGGUGGCAGUAUGUACUAAAAAGGAAUACAUGGCCGUUUCCCUGCCAGAACACCCAUUCAAUGACUGCGCCUGGCAUUCAGUAGCCAUUGUUCACAUUCCUGGCCGUCGGCCCUUUGGACAGAAUGUGGUCACUGUUUAUGUGGAUGGAGUGCAGUGUAAAACAGCACCCCUGCGCUUUCCUUCUCUGAACGAGCCGUUCACUUCCUGCUGCAUUGGAUCAGCUGGUCACCGGACCACUACCACCAUGACUACCUCUCCGACUCUGCCCAACCCGUCCCACUCGCCCUCAGAGAUGGCAUUUGCAGCACAUUCUGGGCCACCCACCCUUGCACGUUCCCAGUCCUUCCCUGCAUCCUUUGCAGCAGCCACAGGGGGUCGGCCAGGUUUGAGUCGGGACAGUCCGGUCCACACAAUCCCGGCAGGGCUGCAGGACACUGCGUGGGGCUCUCCUUCAUCACUGGGCGGCCUUUUAGCCACGGUGUUCAUCUGCCAUGAAGCUCUGCAGCCUGCUCAGGCACGAGCCCUGUUCAUUGCAGGUCCCAAUAAUGUUUCUUUAUUCAAAGCUGAUGGUGAACCUUCAGAAGUCAACAGUAAACUACUGUUAUACUACACCCCACAGGCCUUUAAGAUCCAGAUCUGUGUGGAUUUGUCCCCCAACCAUCUUUACGAUGGCAGGCUUACUGGUCACAGAGUGGUGAACUGGGACGUCAAGGAUGUUCUGAGCUCAGUUGGUGGCAUGGGAGCUCUCCUGCCCCUGCUGGAGCAGGUGUGUUUACUGGACCAGGGCGAGACUGUAGGUCAGGAGACUUCAGAUCUUCUCGGGCCAGAGCUCACGUCCUGCAGAGGCCCUGCCGGCAUGCUGCUGCCACUGGGGAAGUCAUCCGAGGGCCGUUUAGAGAAGAACAGCGUAGCAGCGUUUUUGCUGAUGAUUAAGAACAUGCUGCGCAACCAUCCGGCCAAUCAGGAGAGUCUGCUUCAGUGCCACGGGCCGCCCAUCAUCGGAGCCAUGCUCGGCAAGGUUCCCAGCAGUAUGAUGGACAUGAGUGUAUUGAUGGCCUGUCAGUUCCUGCUCAAGCAGGUGUCCAACGAGGGCAACAACGCCCUUCUAUCACAGCUGUACCAGUACCUGCUCUUUGACUUCAGAAUCUGGAGCCACAGCCACUUUGCAGUCUGCCUGGGUCAUGUGCAGUACCUUGCCACCAUCAUCAAUGAAGGCAAGCUGAAGACUCGUAAGAGGUAUGGUGUUCAGUACAUCCUGGACUCAAUUCGGACACACUACAGUGUGGAGAAGGAUGGCAGUCCUCUGUCUGAUGAGAGGCGGACAGUGCAGAUCUCUCUUUUCGCUCUGCUGAAGGACCUUCUGAAAUCUCCCACUGCUGAGGAGCUGCACAGUGUACUAGCCUACGCUGCUAUAGUGCAGGACGAGCAACAGGUGAUCAGUAUUCUGGAUGUGUUACACACUGUAUUGAGAAGUUCUUCAUCUCCACGUGAGCAGGCUGUGACGGUUCUUUUGGAGCAAAAGGUGGAGCAGCUCUACUGUCUGCUGCUUAAAACCAACUAUGGAGACGAGGCUCGUGAGAGAGUUUUCAGGGUCUUGUAUAAAGUCCUGAAGAGUGAACGUAUACCUGAGCGCAGUAAGAUGCGCAUCAAGCUCAAGGACUCUGGCUACCUUGGGCUGGUCUGCUCCUUUGGUGAUGUCCCCAUCACAAUGGUGACUGUACGCUGUCUGUAUGAGCAGGUGCUUGCCACAGAACCCACUCCUAAUUUUAGAGACCUGUUGGCAGUGGCAUACCUGUCCCAUCGUGCUGACCUCAGCGUCCGACUAGAUAUCUGUCGUAAGCUCUUCCACUUGAUCUACUCCAAUCAAGAGUAUGUGAAGCAGCUCGCUCGUCAGUCAGGCUGGCAGGAUGUUCUCACCAAACUCUACAUCAAAGAAUCGUACGAGUCUCGCAUUCUCAGCCAAUCCAAUUCUUUUUCCAGCCCCACCAACUCGCUGGACCCCAUUCUUUCCAGACCCGUCUUCCAUCGCGAGGACAGCGUAAUGGAGGACACUCAGCAGAACGUCUACAUUUCCCUCACUGCCCGCCAUGAAGAGGAGUACGAGGAGGAGGAAGCUCAGGAUGCGUCUGAGGGCUACUCUGACCUCUCCCAGUCUCCCCCGUCAGCCGGACAACUCAAAAGCGAUUCCUUGCACUUCAAGCCAUUUGACUCCGGAGAACAAAGCAGUCAUUCGUCCACCCUGUCCAACACUGUGGACAAUUCAUCGUCGUCCCGUCUGCUGGAAGAAGAGGAAAGCGUGUACCAGCCACUCUCACCCUUCAGCUCACCCUUUGAGCUUGAACUAAGCCUUCAAAAAGGACCCCAGACACUUGUGGGUAGCCAGCCAGAGACCCCCUCUCCUCUGGAGCACAGUAAGAGCUUCCCAGGCAUGAGGCCGCGCAAGAGCUCCAGUCUGUCCAAUGUCCUGGACGACACAAGCUACACCACCGAACGUCCUACAGACACCAUCUCAAACACAUCCAACCCACAGGCUCCCGAGGAGGAGUUGUGUAACCUGCUGACGAACAUCGUAUUCUCUGUGCUGUGGAGCGGCACUGAGGGGUCUGAGGAUGUGAUAUGGAGAGAAAGGGGUCAGGUGUUCUCUGUCCUCACCAAGCUUGGCUCAUCCUGUCAGCUGGUGCGGCCACCUGAUGACAUCAAACGCAGUUUGUUGGAGAUGAUGCUGGAGUCGUCUCUGUCAGAUCUGAGGGACUCUCAGGGCGUGUCUCUGCCCCAUGUGCCUUCUUUGCUCCGCCUCCUCAGACUGCUCCAGGACUUCCUGUUCGCCGAGGGCACUGACAAUCAAACACUAUGGAGUGAAAAGAUUUUCGAGGGGGUGGUGAAUCUGUUGGACAGGCUGCAGGCAUGGCACACGACCCCUGGGUCAGCGGGGGCUGCUGAGCUCAAAGAGAUGUCUCUGAUCGGCCUGCGUAUCAUCACCGGAUACAUUCAGCAGCAGCAGAACCCACAGGUGUGUGAGAUGGCGUGUUUAAAGCUUCAUAGCCUGCUGCAAACUGUCUUAUGUCUGUCGUGGGAGGAGGUGUGUUUUCUUCUGGGUCGUCUUGGUGUACCACUUUGGUCUGCAAACUGUGGCUCAGACCCGGGCGCUGAGGCUUUGCUGAGCCCUCUGGUGCCCAUCGUCCGAGCGCUUCUGGACCAGCAUGCGGAUCGAACCACCCUUCAGAAGAUGCUCCCCAACCUGCCCGCCACCAACGGCAGCCCCUCCUUCGCCCAGGAUCUCCAAAACUACUGCAGCACAGCUGAGUGGCAGCAGUUCCACCAGAACCACGUGGAGCCCACAAUGCAGCAGUAUGAACUAGACACUUUUGGGAAGAGUCAUGACCUGAUGUCCAAUUUUUGGAAUUCCUGCUUUGAUGACCUCAUGAGCACUGCACAGAGGAGAGACAAGCACCGCUCCGACUGCAAAGCCAAGUUUCAGGAGCUCAUCAUUGACCCAUACCUGAAACGAAUGCGCACAGAGAACAGCCGCUACCACAGUGUGCAGAAGAUGAUUAACAGCCAGCAGGAGGUGGUGUGGAGGCACUGGAAAUCACUGCGCAGGUUACUGAGCAGUGAGAGAAGAGCCUGGGCACUCAGGGUUCAGCCACAGGUGAACUGGAAACUGUCGAGCGCGGAGACGUACUCUAAGAUGCGUCUGAAGCUGGUGCCAAAUUACAGCUUUGACUCCCACAGUGAUGCCAGCGCACUGAGAGAUAACAUGGGAGCCGACAGCCCUCGCAGCUCAACUGAGCCCAUCCCUCUUGCUGUUGCAAAGGAAGCCAAAGUUAGUGACAUGGAGGACGACAAACUAGAGGAUUUUGAAGAUUUUGUCUUCAUUGAUGAGGCGGAGGAGGGCGAGGAGGAGAGCCAGAAGGAAAAGCUGGUGCUCUCGGAGGAGUGUGAGCUCAUCACUAUUGUUGCCGUGGUACCAGGUCGUCUGGAGGUCACAACGCACCACCUGUACUUCUACGAUGGCAGCAGUGAGAAAGAGGAGACUGAGGAAGGGAUUGGGUUUGGUUUGAUUAGGCCAUUGUCACAGCUAAGGGAAGUCCACCUGAGGCGCUACAACCUGCGGAGAUCAGCAUUAGAGCUGUUCUUCAUCGACCAGGCACACUACUUCAUCAACUUCAGGAAGGGGGUGAGCUAGACACAUACUAACUGCAGGAGAAACUACAGUGGAACAGGAUGCAUAGUAGAUGGCCACAAGCAUUUUUGCCAUUUUUUUGUUUUGGUUCUCCAACAGGUCCGGAACAAAGUCUACUCCAGGAUCCUAGGUCUCAGACCACCCAAUCUCUUCUACUUUGGUUCUCGCUCUCCUCAGGAGCUCCUGAAAGCCUCCAACCUGACUCACAGAUGGGUUUGCAGAGAGAUCUCCAAUUUUGAAUAUCUGAUGCAGCUCAACACCAUUGCUGGUCGCACAUACAAUGAUUUAUCCCAGUAUCCAGUGUUCCCCUGGGUGCUGUGUGACUACACAUCUGCUGAAUUGGAUCUGGAGGACCCAGCUGUUUUCAGAGAUUUGUCCAAACCCAUUGGUGUCGUCAACCCUCGACAUGCACAGAACGUCAGGGAAAAGUAUGAGAGUUUUGAGGAUCCAACAGGCACUAUCGAUAAGUUCCACUAUGGCACACACUACUCUAAUGCUGCCGGCGUCAUGCACUACAUGAUCCGCACAGAGCCCUUCACCUCAUUACAUAUACAGCUCCAGAGCGGCAAGUUUGAUUGUGCCGAUAGGCAGUUUCAUUCAGUAGCAGCAGCAUGGCAGGCACGAAUGGAGAGUCCAGUUGAUGUGAAGGAGCUCAUCCCAGAGUUCUUCUACUUCCCAGAGUUCCUGCAGAACAUGAACAGUUUUGAUCUGGGCUGCUUGCAAAUCAAUCAGGAGAAUGUCAAUGAUGUGUUGAUUCCCCCCUGGGCGUCUUCGCCUGAAGACUUCAUCAGGAAACACCGCAAAGCUUUGGAGAGUGAGCAUGUGUCUGCUCACCUGCACGAGUGGAUCGAUCUCAUAUUCGGGUAUAAGCAGCGAGGCCCUGAAGCGGUGGAAGCUCUCAAUGUCUUCUACUACUGCACUUAUGAGGGUGCAGUGGAUUUGGACGCCAUAGCUAAUGAGACCGAGCGCAAGGCCCUUGAAGGCAUCAUCAGCAACUUUGGCCAGACGCCCUGUCAGCUUCUCAAGGAGCCCCAUCCUCCCCGUAUGUCAGCCGAGAACGCAUUUAGGCGGCAGGCCCGUCUGGACAUUCUGCCUCCCAACCUUUUUGAUCAGCUCACUAAACUCCGAUCUUUUAAGGAGGUGGUGAAUGAUGGUCUGCCUUUAGUCCAAGCCGUGGUGCCCAGAAAUCAAACCCGCUCCUUUAUCAUCCCUGGUUCUGAUAUACUGGUGACAGUGAGUGCUAAUGGAAUGAUAGGCACUCAUAGCUGGCUGCCCUACGACAAGAACAUAGCUAAUUAUUUCACCUUCACCAGAGACCCCACUGUGAGCAACCCAAAGACCCAGCGGUUCCUCAGCGGGCCGUUCUCCCCAGGGGUGGAAAUCGGGUCCCAGGUGCUGGUGGUGUCCACUGACGGGCGUCUGCUGUUCAGCGGGGGGCACUGGGACUGCAGCAUUAGGGUCACUAUGUUAGGCAAGGCCAAGCUGGUGGGCAGGAUCUGCCGUCACAUAGAUGUGGUCACAUGCCUGGCUUUGGAUCUCUGUGGUAUCUACCUCAUCUCUGGCUCACGAGACACCACCUGCAUGGUGUGGCAGGUCCAACAGCAGGGUGGUUUCUCUAGCGGUCUGUCUCCACGGCCCGUGCAGGUGCUCUGUGGACAUGAUCAAGAGGUCGCAUGUGUCGCAAUCAGCACUGAGUUGGAUAUGGCGAUCUCAGGGUCAAAGGAUGGCACAGUAAUCAUGCACAGUGUGCGUCGUGGACAGUACCUGCGGACCCUGAGACCCCCGUGUGAGAGCUGCCUUCCUGCCCCUGUGGCACACCUGGAGGUCGGCAUGGAAGGGCACAUAGUGGCACAGACUGUUAUAGAGGGCCGCUCUGCUGGAAAGGAGAAGUAUGCACUGCAUGUGUACUCUGUGAAUGGCACUCUCUUAGCAUCUGAGACCUUGGACGAGAAGAUUUCAGCUUUGCAUCUGGUGCCUGACUACCUCAUUGUAGGCACACAACAAGGGAACCUUCACAUUCGAGACUUGUACAGUUUGAAUCUGGCUGUUGCGCCCUUGGCCCUGAAGGUCCCUGUGUGCUGUGUGUCUGUCACGAAAGAGAGCAGUCAUAUUCUGGUGGGCCUGGAGGAUGGCAAACUCAUCGUGGUGGGAGCAGGAAAACCGGAAGAGGUGCGGUCUGGGCAGUUUUCCCGCCGACUGUGGGGCUCCACACGCAGAAUCUCCCAGGUGUCCGCAGGAGAGACCGAAUACAUCCCUGUCGAGCCUCCUGCUAAAUGAGCCCCACGUGCCUUCAGCAAACACUGUGCAUCCACAAGAGACGAGAGCGUCAGCGCUCCUGCACCACUCAUCCACUUUCCUGCCCUUCUGAAACAGAGAGCUUGGGAACAAGAGUUAAGGGAACACAAGUGGUGAACAUCCAAAUGUGCACUUUUAUACAAAAAGGGAAAAGAACAUUCUUCUUGAAAAUGCAAUGAUUUAUACUGCUUUUAACAGAUGAACAUUCCAAAGAUUUUUAAUCAGGCGAAUCAGGCAGUCGCCUGCAAACUUUUUAAGUGUUGACGGCAAAGACUGAACUUUUUAAAAGCAGUAUGUUCUGUGCUGUGAAUCACAGACUGUCUUCUCACUGACUGGAGCCCAAGGCACUGUGGCUCAGUGUGAUGGACUUAGUCUCUGUCACUGAGUGACAAACCGUCAUCACCUGAGCCGUUUUAUAGUAUAGUAGAUCAUCUUAUGCUGAUUUUUGCUUUUGUACACUGGUACUCCAUCUGACACUUGAAAAGUUUCUUAUAUUAAACAAUGUCAUCUAUGACGCCAUAUUUUUCCCUGGGACAGGCACCAACAGAGACAUUUUAGCUCUGUGCAUGUACAGUAUGUGGGUGUGGGUGUUUGUAUUGCUUUGCACGGUUACUUGCAGACGCUUUGUAUAAUGCAGUAAUUAAUGUGACGCCUAAAUUAGAACAAGAUCCUUUCACUCUUGUUUAAUGAUGUGAAGCGCUUUGAGCCCUACUAAGCCUUGAGACUUGAUUCAGUACCUCUGGUGCCUUAAACCAGGUCAACAAUAGAAAUGUCCAUAAUUAUGAUGGAUUAUGAGAUGAAAUAUAUUAAAGAGGUAGUUCACCUGAAAA